AUGAGUACCACCACUACCAAUCUCUCACUAUCGUACAUAAUCCGCCCCCACCGCGCCUCGGACAUCCCCCAAAUCCUCUCCGGUCAUCGCACCGAAUAUGUCACCAAAGGCGGUUGGAACACGUAUUUCAUGUCGCUCGUCUCCAGCAUCCUAACCGGCUUCCUCGAAAAUAACGAUCCAGAACUCGAGCGCUUCUGGGUCGCUGAACGUACUAGCGAUAGCGAAUUCCUGGGCUGCGUAAUGCUGAUUCAGAAACCUGCCGAACCGUCGCCAGAAACUAAACAUAUCGAAGAAAAAACACACACUACUAAGAAUCCCUUGAAUCCGGAAACCGCCAAAACUGCGAGGCUGAGGGUGCUAUUUGUGUCGCCAGAAGCCCGGGGCCUGGGCCUCGGGCGUGUACUUGUUAGACUUGCCACGGAUUUUGCGAGGGAGAAAGAGUAUGCGAGUGUGCAGCUUUCGUCGAGUGAAUUUCAGGGGGCCGCGAUGAGGAUUUAUGAGAAAGAGGGGUAUAGGCUGGUUAGUGAGGAGGUUAAUCAGGUUUUUGGGCCACGGUUGAGACAGGUGGUUUUGGAGCUGGAUUUGAGAGAGGGUAUGGCGGAGGGGGAGGGGAAGGAGGGGAAUGUGGUAGAGAAGAAAAUAGAGGGGAAAGCGGUAUACAGGGAAAUCAGGAAUAUGGAGAUCUGA